AUGGUUUUGCAAGGAGGCUUGCCGCUUCUCUACCAGCAGUUGAAGGCGUUGUUGAGGAAGAAUCUGUUGCUCUCAUGGCGGAACAAAAGAGCCACGUGUAUUCAGCUCUUCUCUUCAUUUUUCUUCAUCCUUGUCAUCUUCUGUAUCGAGGAAGCAAUGAAGGCCACCGACGCAUCCUCGAUGGCGUACAAGAAUGUCACCGAUCCCACGCUUCUUGUCUCACCGCCGAUUCUUCCUUGUGAGGAUAAGUUCUUCGUGAAGCUUCCUUGCUAUGACUUCGUAUGGAGUGGAAACCACAGUCGCCGCGUGACUGACAUCGUCUCUGCUAUCAUGGCGAAUAAUCCAGGGAGACCAAUCCCCAACAACAAGGUUCAAUCGUUCAAGGAGCUUGAUGAGGUAGAUUCGUGGCUUCUCUCACAUCCUUUGCAAGUCCCAGGAGCUUUGCACUUUGUUGAAAGGAAUGCUACAGUAAUCAGCUAUGGAGUUCAGACGAAUUCUUCAUCCGGGAAAAAACGCGGUCGUGUUGAAGACCCAACGUUUAAGUUCCUUGUUCCUCUUCAAAUCGCUGCAGAGCGUGAGAUAGCUAGGUCCUUGAUUGGAGAUCCAGAUUUUGGUUGGGGUUUUGGAUUUAAGGAAUUUGCACGACCAGCUACUAUAGGUGAAGCUACCUCUGCACUCAAACUUAUGGGACCAGUCUUCUUUCUUGCUUUCUCCAUGUUUGGUUUUGUUCUUCAACUCGGUUCUCUGGUUACCGAGAAAGAGCUAAAACUUCGGCAGGCAAUGACCAUGAUGGGAGCUUUUGAUACCGCUUACUGGUUAUCAUGGCUCAUAUGGGAAGGAAUCCUUACCUUCCUCUCCUCACUCUUCUUAGUCCUCUUUGGAAUCAUGUUCCAGUUUGAUUUUUUCUUGAACAACAGUUUUAUUCUUGUCUUCCUACUAUUCUUGCUUUUUCAGUUUAACAUGAUUGCCCUGGCAUUCGUGCUGUCAUCUUUUAUUAGCAAAUCAUCUUCAGCUACAACUGUUGGUUUCCUUGUGUUUCUCAUUGGUUUCAUGACACAGAUUGUAUCAGCUACGGGAUUCCCUUAUUCUAGCGCCUAUGCAGUUUCUCGCCGGGUGAUGUGGUCACUCUUUCCACCCAACACUUUUUCUGCGGGCCUUAAGCUUCUUCUUGAUGCAACUUCAACUCCCGGUAGCUCUGGAAUUAGUUGGAGUGAAAGAGCAGUAUGUCAAGGGGGCAAGGCAGAUUGCGUAAUCUCAAUUAAUAUUAUCUACCAGUGGCUUGUUGGGACAUUCCUUUUCUGGUUUGUUCUGGCCAUUUACUUUGACAAUAUUAUUCCCAAUGCAUCGGGUGUAAGAAAACCUAUCUUCUACUUUUUAACACCUGGUUUUUGGACUGGCAAAGGGGGGAACAAAGUAGAAGAAGGUAGCAUUUGUAGCUGUAUUGGUUCGGUUCCACCCGUAGAGCAUAAAACGCCAGAGGACCAAGAUGUGCUUGAAGAGGAGACACUAGUUAAACAACAAGCACUGGAUGGUAUAGUCGAUCCUAACAUCGCUGUUCAGAUACAUGGUCUUUCAAAGACAUAUCCUGGAACAACAAAGCUUGGAUGUUGCAAAUGCAUUAAAACAUCCCCUUUUCAUGCUGUAAAGGGUUUGUGGAUGAAUAUCGCCAAAGAUCAAUUGUUUUGCCUUCUCGGACCAAAUGGCGCAGGGAAAACAACUACCAUCAGUUGUUUGACUGGCAUAAAUCCAGUUACUGGUGGGGAUGCAAUAAUUUAUGGAAAUUCCAUAAGAAGCUCUGUUGGUAUCUCCAACAUUCGUAAAAUGAUAGGAGUGUGUCCUCAGUUUGAUAUCCUUUGGGAUGCUUUGUCCAGUGAAGAGCACCUCCACCUCUUUGCUAGCAUCAAAGGGUUGCCACCAUCAUCAAUCAAAUCAAUUACAGAGACGCUACUUGCAGAUGUAAAACUUACAGGAGCGGCGAAAGUUAGAGCAGGAAGUUACAGUGGUGGAAUGAAACGACGACUCAGUGUUGCAAUUGCACUCAUUGGUGAUCCCAAGCUGGUCUUCCUAGAUGAACCGACAACUGGCAUGGACCCUAUCACGAGGAGACAUGUGUGGGACAUUAUACAAGAUUCAAAGAAAGGCCGUGCCAUCAUACUGACUACGCAUUCUAUGGAGGAAGCUGAUAUUUUAAGUGAUCGAAUAGGGAUCAUGGCUAAGGGCAGGCUCCGCUGCAUGGGGACCUCGAUCAGAUUAAAAUCCCGCUUUGGCACGGGCUUUGUUGCUACAGUUAGCUUCACUGAAAGAAAAAAGGACAAUAACAUUGCUGAUGGACCUUGGCACGAGCCAUUGAAGAAAUUCUUUAAAGAGCAUUUGAAUGUUGAGCCAACAGAAGAAAACAAGGCGUACAUGACUUUUGUUAUCCCCCACGACAAAGAGAAACUUUUGACGGUGUUUUUCGAGGAACUACAAAACAGAGAAUCUGAGUUUGGAAUCUCGGACAUCCAGCUCGGGCUUGCAACUCUUGAAGAAGUGUUUCUGAACAUCGCAAGACGGGCAGAACUAGAAAGCGCAACCGCUGAAGGAACCAUGGUCACUCUGGAGUUGGCAUCAGGCAUAUCGCUAGAGAUACCUGUGGGAGCAAGAUUUGUUGGGAUCCCAGACACAGAAAACGCAGAGAAUCCAAGUGGAAUAAUGGUGGAAGUGUACUGGCAACAAGACGGGUCGGGAUCGAUGUGCAUCUCGGGACACUCAUCGGAGAUACGGGUCCCACAGAAUGUUCCGAUGACACGUCCCCCAUCACCAAAUGCAUUAGGACGACAUAAAGGGCUACCACAAGUUAUUCGGGGUAUCGUGAUCGAUUUAUGAAUAUAACAAUCAUUAUUUGCUUUAUUCAGAUUAGAGUUGUACUAAAA